GUCUGGCAGGACCGCCCUCUUACAUGACAACAAGGAAAAAAGCUCCGGUUAGAACCGACAGACCCAGCUGCUGAAGAGAUGGGGUCUGACUGUUCUCAACCACAAGAAUCCAGAAGCCAGGCACGUCGCCGUAGCCCAGGAUAUGUUAUCGUAGACAGGAACAGCUGCGGCCUAAUAAUGGAGAAAGCCCAGCGAGUUCACCUGAAGAGUGUGGAGGUGGAGGUGCAAGUGAAGGGGUAUGUUGCCACGGUAACGUCCACCCUGCAGUAUGUGAAUGAGGAGGAACUUCCAGUGGAGGCCCUGUUUGUGUUCCCGUUACCUGCAGAAGCAGCUCUCUGUCACUUCAGCACCAAGAUUGCUGACCAGGAGCUGGUGGCCGAGGUGCAUGAGAAACAGAAGGCCCAGGAGAUGUACGAUGACGCCUUAAGUUCGGGACAGCAGACAUUUUUUUGGGGGGAGACGGAAGAGAGCCCAGGUGUCUUCCGGCUGGCUGUGGGGAACCUGCCUCCUAAAGAAAGUGCUGCUGUGACUCUCAUCUACGUGACUGAGCUGGCUGUGCAGGUGGAUGAUGGUCUGCGCUUCUGUCUGCCAGCAGUGCUCAACCCACGAUAUGCGCCCAGCAACAUCGUUGCUUGUGCAAGUAAGGUGCCUUAUACUUUGUCCCUUGGCGUCCACAUCACCUCAUCCAUCCCCGUUUCUAGAGUAGAGUCCAGCUGCUCUCUGGAGCCACUGAUCUACCUCAACACAGCUCAGACUCAGGCAAAGGUGAGUCUCUCUCCAGGACACAAGUUCGACAGGGAUGUGGAGAUAUUGCUUUAUUACCAGGAUGCCCAUCAGCCCACUGCCAUAGUAGAGGCAGGACUUUCUAACGCCAAACCAGGUUCUCUGAUGGGCGACUCUUUGGUCAUGCUUAGUCUAUUCCCAGAAUUCCCUGCAGAGGUGGUAUCUUCUUUUGGAAAACGUGGAGAGUUUAUUUUAGUGAUGGAUCAGUCUGGCAGCAUGGCGGGGUCUUUAAUGAGAAGUGCCAAGGAAACUCUUCUCCUGCUGCUGAAGAGUCUUCCCCUGGGCUGCUACUUCAACAUCUAUGGCUUUGGCUCUGACUUCAAGUCCUUUUUCCCUAAGAGUGUGGAAUAUACUCAGAAGACAGUGGAACUGGCUGUAAAGAAAGUGGAGGCUAUGAAGGCAGACAGGGUUGGUACAGAUAUUCUGAGACCAUUGGAGCACAUCUAUAAGCGAGAUCAUCUUCCAGAUCAACCCAAACAGGUGUUUCUUUUCACUGAUGGAGAUGUACCGAAUACCAAAGAGAUCCUGGACCUGGUCAGAACUCACUCUAGAUCCCACAGGUGCUUCACCUUCGGCAUCGGGCAGUUUGCCGGCACUGCGCUGAUCACUGGAAUGGCCAGAGAAGGACGUGGCUUUGCCCAGUUCAUCACAAGCAAUGACCGACUGCAGCUCAAAGUGAUGCAGUCCCUCAGCUUCGCCCUGCAGCCCUCUGUUGUUGACAUCUCUGUGAAAUGGACCCUUCCAGAGGGCGUGUCCAUCACUGCUUUGUCUCCUCCCCUCAAUGUUCUCUUUCAGGGUCAGAGGGCACUGCUGUACGCCCAGCUCACAGGAGAGAGCUCUGAGAACGAUGAAGGAACUGUGACUGUGCACUACAGUCUGGAAGGACAACCAGUGACAAACCAGUUUACUUUCUGCCUUAAAGCUGCUGAGGACUCAGGGCUGGGAUUUCAUAGGCUGGCUGCUCGUUCCUUGAUCCGAUCUCUGGAAAUGGAGGUGAAGGAAAUGAAGGACGAGAGCUUAAGAGAAAAGGUGGUGGAGCUCAGUGUGCAGACGGGAGUGAGCAGCUCUUUCACUGCUUUCCUCACCGUCCACAAGGGCAGCGGACAGCCAGUGAAAGGACCACUGGUGAGGGAUGCAAUACCAGCAUCAUAUCUAGAAUAUGAUGAAGAGUAUGAUUCACAUCCCAGACACCAAGGAAAGCCCCAUGAACUCUUCAUACCAUCAAGAUACCAUUCCCCUGAAUGUGAAUAUUCAAUCAGGGCAUCAGCUUCACCACACCGUUCCGCCCAGAAGGACCCCUACUUGGAUCUGGUUUCUCUUCAGAAAGCUGCAGGGAACUGGGAUUUGGAGGCCAAACUCUUCGAUGUGGUUGGCAAGACAGAAGAGGAACUGGCCAAGCAGAAGCCUCCACAGGUGGACAGUGCAAUGUGGGCCACAGUUCUGGCUCUGAUCUGGCUUUACGGCUUCAGGACGGCUGAACAGGAAGAGUGGAAGUUUAUUGCCAUGAAGGCCACAUCCUGGAUCCGUUCUCAGAAAGUGGGGAACCUGUCUGAGUGUGUCCAGGCUGGAAAUGCUGUGCUGGGGUGUCAGGUGGAAGAAGAGUGUAUGACCUACAUCUGUCCACGACACUGCCAUUACUACCAUUAAGCUCACACUCCCAGACCCAUUCUUGUUGGUGUCAUGCCUGCUAGAGACUCGUCUAGGGUGACAGACUACAUUUCCCAGCAUAACCUGGGAGAUCACGUGACGGCAGACUUCCCUAUGGAGUCGGAAUCCCUCGUGGACUCCAUUACCCUGAUGUGACCAGUGACGAUCUGCCUCGCACCUAUCAGCGUUAACAAUCACCUGAAUUCUGAAUAUUUUCACCUGUUUUUGAGUCAUAUGACUAGUGUAGUUUAAUAUAUUAGCCCGGGCUUUAGCUUAGGAUCUUUGCGAGGUAUUGUUUCUCUCUUGAACUUACUGAGCGUUUUCUCUGGUUUGCUAUACUCUGUUUUGACCCUGAUCUCGUUUUGUUUGACUAUGUUUUUGCCUGCUCCUUUUGUACCGUUGCUUGUUUAUUGGAUUCAUGAUUUUGACCUUUUUGCCUGCCUUUUUGACUCUGCCUUUUGUCUCGCCCUCUGAACUUGUUUGCCUGUGGUGAUGAUCACCUUCGUGAUCAUCUAUCGCCUUUUGGUUUUGACCCACGCCUGUACUUCAACUACGACUUUGCCUAGUGUUAAUAAAGCCUGUACUUUCACUUUUAUCUGCCCGCAUCUGAACCUUGCUGACAGGUUACAGUUGGAAGUAGUUUCAUCAGUAUUUAAAGGGAAUUUACUGUUUACAGACCAUUCGGCCAAAGUAGUUCAGAGUCAGAGUUUCAGACUUUUAAAUGACUCCUUUGGCUUUGAGUGACUCUGUACCUUAAUAAUGUUAUUUAUCAAAACAAAUGAUUGAACAUUCCAUUUUGUCACUAACAAAACAA